CUGGGACGCAGGCUUGGGAAGGGCCACAACUCAGGAAGAGAGAGGGCCGCUGGAGGCCAGGAAGAGCAGGGCCAGGAGGACAUGGAGAGCCGGACGGGGCUCCUGACCCUGGAGGCUACCCAGAGAAGCCGGCUGAGGCUCAGGAAACCUCAGAGCAAAUUCAGCAUUUCCAGAAGGUCUCUGAUGUUCCAUGCACUUGUUGAACUUUUGCAGCCCUGGAAUGGGUGCCCAGAAAAGAGGAGCAGUUCCCAUUCCGGUGGGAACUGCCUGACAGGUGCCUCAUCCUGUGGGACUAGCAGACGUGACACAGACACCAAACACUUCACUUCCUCUUUUCUCCAGGACCUUUAACCCAGUGGUCUCUACGUGAGCUGGGGCUUUAGCCAAGCAUCAGGGAGUCAGGACUUGGAUCGCAAGCAGUUUCUGCAGGGUGUGAAGCCAUCUGACUACAGCUGAUCCACACGAGGGCACCCUCAGGCAUUCUGAUUGGGGCCCACCAGCUCCUGCAGCUGGCACUUCCUUCAGCUCCAUUUGCAGGGCUCUCCAACCAAAGGCCGAAAGAGAUAAGAAAACUGAGGUCCAGAGAAGUUGUCCCUUCCUCAAGGUCACGCAGCUAAAUAGCACCAGAGGUGAGACCCGAAACUAUGUCCUUCCACAACUCUCAGCUCAGAACUCUUUCAAAUGGGCCACCCACCCUUUUGAGUACCACAUCUCAGCUUCUGUUUGAGACUCUAACUAGCUUUCGUGACCUUCCCAUGUUUUCGCCCAUCAUCCUCCCAAACCUGGAGCCUAGGGUUUGGGAAAGAAGACGUUGAGCCCUGAAGAGAAAGUUACAGGCUGGGCCUUUUGAAACUUCCCCGAAAAGGAAAGGAAAGGUUACUCUCUACUCCCUACGUUAACUCUUCCCGAGCCGAAAGGCUGAGGCCGUUAAAAAAAAAAAAGAAAAAAGGCAGAGUGGUCUCACUCAGGACCUGUAGGCUGGAGUGCCCACCUCCUGCUGGAUGGGGAGCCACCUGUCAGAGGGCUGUGGGCGACGGCCGCGGGACCGGAGGGUGAGCGCCGCUGAGCGCACGCUCAGAGUAGAGAGACGCAGGAGGUGAUGGUCAAAUACCCUGGGAGCUGAGGUGGAGGAUUCUGGAGGUGACAGCAAGGAGAGUACGCAACUGCGAAGGGUGCCUGAAGCUUCUGCGCCAACACCAGGCGGGUGGGAGACAGGAAAGGAAGGCAGCGCGGCGGCGCUGCGGGAGGGCUCCGCCGGGGCGGGGGGUGCCAUGUCUCGCGAGCGGUCCCCCCGCACCGACAUUCCCCGCAACCUGAGCUUCAUCGCCGCGCUGACAGAGCGCGCCUACUACCGCAGCCAGCGGCCCAGCCUCGAGGAGGAGCCGGAGGAGGUGCCAGGCGAAGGCGGGACGCGCCUCGGGGCCCGAUCCCGAGCUCCUGCUCCGAGUCGGGAGCGCAGGGCUCGCUCUGCGCCCGCCGGAGGCAGCGGUACCCGGGUGCCCCACAGCCGCAGCCCCGACACCCGUAAGAGAGUGCGUUUCGCCGACGCGCUUGGGCUGGAGCUGACCGCGGUGCGCCGCUUCCGCCCGGGAGAGCUGCCCCGGGUACCCCGCCACGUGCAGGUCCAGCUGCAGAGGGACGCCCUUCGCCACUUCGCGCCGUGCCAGUCCCGCGCCCGAGGUCUCCAGCAGGAGGCGCGCGUUGCCCUGGAGCCGGCCAGCGAGCCUGGCUUCGCGGCCCGCUUGCGGGCGCAGCGAAUCUGCCUGGAACGCGCCGAGGCGGGCCCGCUGGGCGUCGCCGGGAGCGCGCGCGUGCUGGACCUGGCCUACGAGAAGCGCGUGAGCGUGCGCUGGAGCGCCGACGGCUGGCGGACCCAACGCGAGGAGCCCGCCGCCUACGCCGGUCCGGCCCCGCCCCCGCCGCGCGCCGACCGCUUCGCCUUCCGCCUGCCGGCGCCACCCAUUGGUGGCGCCCUGCUUUUCGCCUUGCGCUACCGCGUUAGCGGCCACGAGUUCUGGGACAACAACGGCGGCCGUGACUAUGCUCUACGUGGGCCCGAGCACCCGGGCAGUGGUGGAGCCCCGGAGCUACAGGGCUGGAUCCACUUUAUCUGAGACGCCUGCGGCCGACGGUGGAAAAAAAUCAAAGGCACCGGGGGGCUGGGGGAUCCCGAAGAUUUGGUGGGGAGGAAUGGGAGAAACCGAGAUUGGCGGGGAGCUGCCCUAGAGAGUCAAGCCCGGGAGGGCGAGGAGGAUGGGGGAAACCAAAGGGGUGUGGGGUGUGGGUAGAAUCAACGAAAGUUGGGGAGGUUGGGGUGGAUGUGAGUGGAGGAACCCAAGUCAUAGAAGGAGGGAGACGGAAAGGGUGCUGGAAGGUUAGAAAAGAAGCAAAAGGACGAUAGUGAUGUUCUCUUCCGUGAGUGGGCGUUGGGAGAAAGUGAGUAGGUCCGUCCGGCCUAGGCAGUCAAAGGUUGAGGGUAACUCUUUGGGACCGAGGACAUAUUUUGUGUGAACUAGGAGCCCACCACAGUUGAAAUCAUUUAGAUUGCUGGCUUAUUCCCUCUUCUUACUGGCCUUAGCCACCGCAGGUUCCCCAGCCCUGCCCAUCGUAGCUUUAACUCACCCAUAAUUGCCUUGCUUAAGUCCCAGGAAUUUGGCCAUUGCUCCCCAGCCCCUGACAUUAUGACAGGAUUCGCUUGUCACCCCAUCCCCUAGCUUCAGUCUUCACUGACUGGCUGGGGAGUGAUGGCAGGUAGCAUCAGAGCUCCCUCCUCCAGCUUCCAGGCAGCCCUGGGGAUGAAAAUGAAAGUAAAACCAACUCCAGGCUUGUCCUUGUGGCCAAAUAAUGCGGUGCCUAAGGUGUUGGUGCACUCAGGGGCUUCCAGAAAAAUGCCAGCCUUACCUUUCUGGGUGCCUUCUAAUGACCUCUAAGCACUUUAUGGACUGUAUUUGUCAAGAGACAGGUGAAUCACAGGAUUCCUUCUGCCACAAAAGAAAAGGAAGUCACUGACUAGCUGGAUAACUUUGGGCAAGUUACUUCACCUCUCUGGGCCAGAGUUUCCUCCUUGAGAAACUGCAUUUGGAUUAGGUGAUCUCUUAGGCCCCUUCUUGCUCUGACAUUUUAUGAUCUGUGAGGGGCAGAGUGUGGAUUAGAAGCCACAUUCUCCAGCCUACGGUUGGAGUGCUUACAGUUCAGAACACACAGCACCCCAAGCGUGUGGUUGGGCCUGAGAAUGGCUCUCCAGUUUUUGACACAUGUUCCAGAGCCCAGAAAGCAUCCAGUCUGCAGCAACCAGCCUGCAGCCUCAGGGUAUUCCAGGGCCUCUUUCAAACCACAGCUCAUCCUCUGCCCCUUGCUUUUGCUCUUGACCCAACAGACUUCCAGCCUGGGUGCUGGGAGACAGCUUUGGGGAGGUGCCUCUCUAGGGGAAAAUGAUGCUUGGGAGCCCCCAAAAUGAAACAACGUUGGGGACUUUCUUGAGUAUAAAGGAUUAUAGGUAUAAGAAACUGAAAACAUUUCAAACCAAGAAUCAGAGCACCUUGAAAAUUAAAUGGUACCAGAAGAUGGCAGUCUGCUCCAUACCUUGAGCAAGUGAAAUGGGAAAGCUGGACUCUUCUCCCCAUUCACAUUUAUGCCUUAUGUCUCUCCUGGUUAACCUCAGCUGGUUGUGUGUUUUCCUCCCUUCUCACCCUAUGUCUAAGCUCUUUGCUUUUCUCUUUCCUUGUCCCCUUCUCAUCACUUUCAUUUUUCUUUUAGCAUAUACGGUAUUUACCUUCACUUUCUCUAUUUCCAUCUGCCUCCCUCUUCAUCCUUGUUGAAGAUGAAGGAGUGGGGAACCUACUUCCUUUUCUCCAAGACCAUGGUUGAUCCACCUUCCUCCCUCAGGCUCCUUCUUGACAGUCUUCUAGAAGGGAGAAGAGGGAAAAGCAGUUCCUGAUGCUGCAGAUGAACAAGGAGCUCCCAGCCUCCCCAACUGGCUUGGAGAAGGCAAAGCACCAAGGGUCCCAAGCUUCAUCUGCUAUUUCCAGGAGCUUGCUGCUGCCUCCUGUGCCCGUGUCCCGGCUCUGCAGGAUCAGCAAGGAACCACUGCGCCUGCUGGAGAACUUGGGAACCCAUUUGAACUCCAGCCUUGCCAUACAUUGGGAUUCUCUCCUGGCCCUAGCCAGUCCUCCACACUUGUUGGUAUGCUGUGCCCCUUCCUACUACCCCAGCUAGCCUUGAACAGGCCAAUUCCCUAAAGUUUCCACUAGAAGGGUCCCUGACUAGGACAAUUGCUGGAUGGUCUGUGCUUGGGCCCUCUCUGGGAACCUGAGUAUUACUAAGCAGAUAAAUGCAAAUGGUUGGGGGCAGGGAACCAAGAAGAGUUCAUUGUUCCUGAGCUUUUUCUCUAAGAAGUACCCUGGCUCACCCAUGCCCCUAUUCUCAGCUUUACAGAGCCAAGACAUGAGUCUUCUGGUUCUUCCCAUACAGAGCUGCCCCAGGGCCUGGGGGUAAGCUGCUAGUCUAAUCUGACAUGGGAAACACUAGGAAUUUGGCAGAAACUUCAGAGAUUUGUCAUGUGUUAGGCGUUGUGGUGGGGACUUUCCUCUAAAGCCUGAUGACUGUACGAAUGGGGGCAAUUUAGGGUAUAACCUGUUAGCCAUGGACCGGGAAGGGCCAUAAGAGAAACCAUUACCAUGGUCAGGGGCUCGGGUCCUUGAAGCAGCACAGCAGGAACACUCUUGCCCUUUCCUCUCAUCCAGACCUCAGAUGUCUUCCUAAGUAUUCUUCCUGUUCCUUUGUUUUCUUUUAUGAAUACAUUAUUUCUUUUAUGAAUAUAUCACUUCUCUUCACAAUAAGCCCUAACUCAACUUGCCAAUCUAAUCCCACAUUCCCUUGCUUCUAACUCCUGUGUUUCUCUGGAGCCCCUCUGGAUCCUUGCAAUGCGCAGGUCAUAGAAUCCAGAGACCUGAAAAGGCUUGUCUUUAGAGAUCACUGUGUCCAGACUCCUCUAGAGAUGAGGACACAGGUCCAGAGAUGAGAAGGGACCCCAGCAGGGUCAGAGAAUUUGUUAGUGCAACUCCAGAUGGGACGUAAACCCAGGCCUCCUGACCACCUCCCAUUCCCAGGCUAUGAAACAGGCCUCUCUCCACAGGGUCAGACCCACGAUUUUUCAUGGCAAGGGACACGUCAGAAAUUUUCAUUUUCUGCUUCUAGUUUCCAUUCCCUUCCCCGUCCAGGCAGAAAGAGAAACAAAAGGGACUGGUAUGUCCCCAGCCUUGGCACUUCUUUCAGUGAUAUCGCUGAAGAACAGUGAAGUUGCUAAAACAAACAACAACAACAAAACAACAACUGAAUAAUCUACCCAUUGAAUAGCUAACCUGGGGAGGAAAUGAAAGUUUGCUAUUUGAAUCCCCCUCAAACCACCGUUCUCAUCAGACCCUUCCCGAGCCUCCCCACCCUCUUCACAGUGCAGCUCUGUACACUGGGCCCCAGACCCACUCGUAUUGUGCCUCACUUCAGCCUCCUCAUGCAACUGCUCUCCCUUCUGGAUAAAAGACCUCGUAUUUGAAAUAAAGUUGAAAUAUGAAAAGAAA